CAAAAAUCAAUGCGGGAGUCGCCGCCGGGAGUUCUCGGGAUUUUUCUUAAGAAUACCAGUGACGGAGGACCUUCCGGAAGAAUUCUUAGUGACGCGUGGUGACCGAGUCGAGGGUGGUGAGGAUGGCUGCCAAGAUGCCGGAGGCGUUGUAUUCGUGCGAGGUGUGCGGGCAAGAGGGCCUCACGGACGACGACCUGCGCUCACACAUGCUCCUAGCGCACCUGGAGGGCACCGCCUCCUGCCCCUUCUGCGACCUCGGAGACAUCAGUCCGGAGGAGAUGGUCCACCACGUCAACAUCGCCCAUUUGGACUACUUGAGUCCCCAGGACGAGUCGCUGGAGGAGACGUUGAUGAUCACCAAUGGGUUCGGUGACCACGUGUUAAUCGACAGCAUUUUCAGAAAAGGCCGAGUAAGCAAUGCCGCGAUGGACAAUCAUGUGCCUGUGAUCACGGUGGAGGACGAUGAUAACGAUAACUAUAAUGCCAACCUAAGCCCUUCGCACGGCAAGGGAGGGAGCCCCGGCAACCAGGGGUCUCCCGCCCGUGCUCAACUCUCCCUCAACCUCAAUCAGCUGGACAGACGGAACAGACUGGCCAGCCCCGGGGUGCGCAGCCCCCUGAUCGACACCAGAGUCACCCAGUGUCCGAUCUGCGGCAUGAAGGAGCCCUCGCCGGCCAAGUUGGAGGAGCACGUCAACAGAGCCCACUUCGACCUGACCUCCCCGUCCUUCCCCUCUGUCACGCCGCAGGAGGAGGUGUCGCUCACGUGCCCGCUGUGCAUGAAGCAGUUCGAGUGCAGCCCGGACCUGGAGCUGCACGUGAACAUAGAACACAAAGAUAUCCUCAGUCCGGCCAAG